UUCUGGCCACAUGAGAAAGAAAAUAAAUUUUGAAUAGACGUUAACUCAAACUGUACAAAUCUGAGUAUGGCUACAGACAAAGAGGGAUAUGUGAUCGGGCAGGUUUCUGAAUCACUCUCAAAAUCUGCUAUGAAAAAGAACUCACAGGAUCUAUCUGCCCUUUUUAAUGUGAAGCCUAACCCACCAGUAUUUGAAGACACAAAUGUUAAAAAGAAAGGUAAGGGAAAGCAACGAGAAACCAAGGUGAAAGAAUUGAAGCAAAAAUCUACUGCAAAAGCUAAGAGUGACUUAAAGAAAAAUGACAAAAUACUUGAAAAGUCUAAAAAGUCAGGCCAUGAACGAGGGUAUAGUCCACCACCAGGCAUAGUUCAUGAAUCAUUGCAGAAACAGUCGAGGAAACGAAAGAAAAAUACCCUUCUUGAGGAAAGAGAGCAAGAGGAAGAUAAUAUCCCCAAGGUGAAGAAAAAGAAGAAACGUGGGCAGGAAGAUGCUGAUAUCGAGGGAGAGGAUGAGGGAACCAAGAAACAGUAUAAAGACAGAAUCAGACAAAGGAACCAUAGGAAGGAUAAAGCUAGACUGAAUAGAACUGUAUUUGUGGGGAACCUACCUUUAGAACUAACUAAGAAGGAUAUUCAGAACCUUUUCAAGACAUAUGGUGAAAUAGAGAAUAUUCGGUUCAGAGGAGCUGCGCCUGCAGACCCGAAGUUGCCUAAAAGAGUUGCAGUCAUAAAGAAGGAACUUCACCCAGAGAAGCAGACCAUGAAUGCUUAUGUUGUGUACAAGGAGGCAGCAUCUCUCAGCAAGUGUCUUAAACUCAAUGGUACCUCUGUAAAGGGUUGUCAUAUCAGAGUUGAUUUGGUGGGAGAGACUUCUAAGCAUGACCACAAAAGAUCUGUGUUUAUUGGCAAUCUACCUUAUAAUGUUAAAGAGGAGAGUCUCAGAGAACACUUUGAUGAGUGUGGGGACGUAGAGAGUGUAAGGCUAGUCAGAGACGCUAAAUCUGGCAUGGGCAAAGGCUUUGGAUACAUCCUUUUCAAGGAUUCUUCUAGUGUUGAAUUAGCAUUGAAGUCAACAUCCAAGAAAUUUAUGAGAAGAGAUCUACGUGUCAUGCGGUCGGUUAAAAAAGAAAAAAAGACAGACGAUAAAAUCUCCACUGAAAAACCAGCCAAGGGCGGGAAAGAUGACAAGCGACCACAGAAGAAGUUCAACCCAGCAUCAAAUAUUCAGAAACACGCAUUCCAGGGAAUGACUGCUACUCAAAAACCAAACAAAAAAUUCAAGAAAAAGUUCAAAGAAAAGCAUGCAAAACGAAAAGCACUUGCUGCUUCUAAAGAAAGUAGUAACCCUACUGCAAAAGGAAAACAUAUUAAGUUUUAGCUAAUUUAAAAAUGGACAUUAAGUGGACCAUGUGCUUAUCUAUUGAAAGCCCGUGAGUGGACAAAUCUGAUAUCCAUAAAUCGAAACUGAAGCUAAGGUACAUGAUAUAUUGAAAUCACAUACAAGGGAACUAUGGUUCAACAACAAAAAGGUAUAUUAGUAUGUAAAUAAAUAUAUAGAUAAUGAUAUUUUUUAUAUGCAUUAGAAUUUGGGUGAGGGGGUAGCACUACCUGAGUUUCUCGCGAAGAGGCCCUCUGGGCGUUUAUUUCCCCCGUUUACUUGAAAAGUUCUUGAAAUGCAGAACUCAAAUGGGCCUUUAUUAAGAGGAGUGCUUUUCCAAGCCAGUGCGUGCUUAUCAUCGUUCAUAUUCACGCAAUACUAUCGUGAACGUCGACCCUCAUUGACGUUUUGCCAUAAAACUACUUUAUUUGGCUCUUCUAUUUUUAUUAACUACCCUAUGGCUGGUUCUUACAGGAGACGCUCCUACACAAUCGGGGAUAAACAAUCUGCACGACAUGCAAUGAAUGGUGAUCCGCGUCUGGUAUUGGGCUUAAUACCAUAGUCACAUUUGCUUAGAUUUUCAGUACCGACACCCGGACGAUGAGUAUUUUGUUCUAAGUUGCAUUCAGUUUUCAACAAAAUACAGGUACUUGUCGCGGGCGCAGGUGUCGAAAAUCUGGGCAAAUUUGACCAGGGCAUUAACUAGGUGAGUGAAGAG